AUGAUCAGACUCUUUGUCGCUCUUUGUGCUCUUUUUUCUCUCUUUACUGCUGUGAAAACUUCUGACAUCAAGGAGAUUGACGUGAUAACAGUAAAGCAUGGAGGAGAUGUAACUAUGGAGUGUAGCAAUAGCAGUGUCAUAAAGAAAGAUAUUGUAGUUUGGUACAGACAGAUUUCAGGAAAAUUACCUCGUUUUAUUGCAAAACCAUACAAGAACAAAUUGGGCUACAAAAUUGCUCCAGGAUUUAAUGAUCCACGUUUCAGUUUUAGUGUAAAUGACAAUAAAUUUGAUCUCAAUAUUAAAAAAACAAGAGAAGAUGAUAAAGGAGAAUAUUUCUGUGGAGAUUUGGAAGGAACUCUACUGAAGUUCACAUCUGGAACACGUCUGCAAUUUGAAGGUAAACAAGGUUCACACAGCAACAAUAGAACAGAUAAUAAUUUCUGGAUUAUUCCCUUAAUAGCCUCUAAUAUAUUCUCUGUUAUUGUAAUCACACUUCUGCUUGGAGUUUUAUAUAAAAAUCACAGAAAAGAUGCUUCAUCAAGCAACCAUCAAAUUCCCACCAAUCAGACUUCUGAUGAUGAUGUAUUGAACUACGCAGCUGUGAGUUUUGCAAAAAAACCUUCAUCCUCCAGAACAUCCAGAGCCAAGAGCCAUGAAGACGUUUACGCUCAAGUUAAAAUUAAAUAAAAAUGAUUUUUUUUAACUAAAGCCAUCUUCAUUUUUUCCUCAGCAUUUUUUCUUUGAAAUAGUGCAGAUGAUUUCUAAACUACUAAUAUUAUUGUUUUUGAUAUUGAAGGUUUUUAAUUAAGCUUUUGUUUUUGUGGACCACUAUUUUUGUCCAUUUUAAAGCAAUUUCAGAUUAAUUAAUUAACUUUUCCAGAAAUAUUAAGAGCCUGUAAGUGAAAGAGGGCUGAAUAUAAAGAUUCCAACAUUACUGAUGAGAUGUGGCUGUUUAACCUGAAAUUAAAUUUCAGACACUGAACAUUAAAUCAGAUUAAAAAUGUAUGUUCAGACCGAUGAUGUGCCAAGAAGUGCUUUAUUUUAAAUGUUUUCAGACUAUUUACAUUAACAAAUUCAACAAAUACCACAGUGUAUUUUUUGUGUUCCUAUUUAAGCAAAUUUUUGCAAC